CUGUGGCAGUUGGUGGCAGUAAUUUCUCUACUGUGAGCUGGCGCUACAGGUAAAGCGAAGCGAAGAAGAAUUUGUGUGCUGUGCGAAGAAGUGGCGUCUGCUGUAACUUUGGUCAGUAAGGAUUCUUGGUUGCAGACUCUAAAGUAACGGAACCCUAAAAACGAAACACCAUGUUGGCAUUCUUACUGCGAGGUCUGACGCACCCCGACCUGUUGAUAAAUCACCGCGUGACGCUGCUGUAGUAUGAAGACACGUUAGUGACGCUGCUCUGCUGCUGACAGGAACAACAUCAGCAAGAAGGCAUGGCGGAGGCUGGAGCCCACCUGACCUCCACAGUUGUUAAUGAGCAGCCAUCCAUCUUUGAAGUGCUGGCCCAGGAGUCUCUGAUGGAGGCUGUCAGACCUGCUCUGAGACAUGCAGUCAAGGUAAUGGCUGAAUCCAACCCGUCCCAGUUUGGAUUCAUUUGGAAACGCUUCGAUGAGCUCUACCUGCUGCUGGAUGUCGUCCUGCAGAACCACUUCCUGUCCCAGUGCAGCUCCUCCUUCUCUGAGAACUUCUAUGGACUCAAGAGGGUCUCAGGUGGGCGGGGCCUUCCUGCUCGCCUGGGCUUGCACAAGAGUUCUCAUUGGCGGUCCCUGCUGCUCUUGUGCCUGGUGCCUUACCUGCGGGCCAAGCUGGAGGUGAUGCUGGCCCGGCAGAGAGAGGAGGAAGACUUCUCCAUCAGGCUGUCACAGACCAGGAAGCAGAGGUUGUACCGAGCGGCGGUGGCAGCAUACCCAUAUGUCAGCUCGGCCUGGAGGUCUUGGAUCUUCUGCCAGCAAUUGCUUUUUGUUUUCGGAGUCAGCAGAACACACAGUCCCCUGCUGUGGCUGGCCAAUGUCAGACUGGCACGGCUCACCACACAUGACCUCAGAGAUGCACAGCAGAAAACCAGCUGCAGGCCCAGGCCGGCCGAUGGGAGACUGAUGCAGAGAGCAUGGUGGCUCAUGUCCCGGGCAGCUCAGGGUGUGGCCGUCUCCCUCUCCACCUCCCUGUCUCUGGGCGUCUUCUUCCUGCAGUUCCUGGAGUGGUGGUAUUCCUCGGAAAACCAGAGCACAGUUAAAACCAUCACUUCCCUGCCUGCACCUCCUCCCCCGCUCCAUCUGCAGGAGGAUGUCCAACCAGCAGCAGAUGAGAAGAACUGCCCGCUGUGCCGAAAGCUCCGGGCCAACUCCACUGUGCUGUCCACAUCUGGCUUUGUCUUCUGUUACCGCUGCAUUUACACUUAUGUGAAGGCUAACCACUGCUGCCCACUCACUGGAUUCCCCACAGAACUGCAACACCUCAUCAAGAUCUAUGAGUCCGAGAGCUAAGAGUUCUCUGGAGGUCAUUUCAGAUGUUUCCCAUCUUUUGGGGAAAUGUGACCUUACUGUUUGCCGCAUUCCUGUGCAGGCUUCUAUCAACAGCUCUUUGUGAAGAGUGAAAAUGGUAUUUUACUUUUGUGUGCAAAAGUUGAUUUUAAAGUUGAUAAAUUAUGAUCUAAUUCAGAUUUUAAUUGCUUACACUUUGUCUUUGUAUUUAUUAAAUCAGUAAAUAUACUGUAUAUAAUAGUGCUGCAAAUAAAACCUUUCCUACCGCUUUUGUGAAACUGAA